UGUCACAUGAUUUGGGCGCACAACCAGAACACCAUCCUAUUGGGAGGUCUGCAGAUGCAAACAUGUGGGCAGUGUCAGCACAAAUAGCACUGACUCUUAUGGCUUGUUGUAUGGCCAAAAAACUUGGCGAUCCUGAGGAACUGCUCAACUGGUGCUUAGACGGGAAAAAUCACAAAGAAAAACCUGGACCAGAGGGAGAACUAUUUUCUCAGUGUACACCGUGGAAGAACAGAUCUUGCUGCACCUACAAUACUACAAAAAAUAUUCAUGAGUCAAGGAUGUACAACUUCAACUACAACCAUUGCAAUCAGAUCAGGAACAUGUCAGAGAAUUGUAAGAGGCAUUUCACACAAGAUCAUUGCUUCUAUGAGUGCUCACCCAACAUCGGCCCGUGGGUCGUCAAGGUAAAUAUGAAAAUGAGAAAAGAGCGCUACUACCAGGUGCCUUUAUGUGCCAGUGACUGUGAAACGUGGUUCUUAGCCUGUCAGGACGACUUCACCUGCACCGACAACUGGAUAAGAAACUUCAUCUGGGUUAAAGGAGAGGGGAAUAGUUGUCUACGUCAGGCAGAAUGUCGCACUUUCCGCCAAAUAUUUGGUACCCCAAAUAACUUCUGUCAGAAGGUUUGGGACGACUCGUGGAAGGUUGUUCCUGACUCUGAAGCGUGUAUGAGGCUGUGGUUCGAUGGCAGUGAUGGCAACCCCAAUGACAACAUCGCCAGAGACAAAGUACGACAGAUGAUGGCUCACAGUGCAGCCAGCCUCUACAACUCACAUGCUCUUUUAAGUUUAGUUCUGCUGGUUGUCAGUUAGUGCCAUGACAAACUACUUGAAGCUUUAUUGUAAGAUCUAAAAGAACUUAUUUUAUCUUACUAAACUUAUUUUUUAAACAGGAGAAUUAGGCCUAGAUCAAGUCAAAAAAAUAUCCUAACUGUCGGCAGCUUCGAUAAUAUGCUCUUUUAACUCUAAUCUGUGAAAAUAAUGUUAAAAAUAUAUUUUUUUGCAACGAGUAACUUAUUACCAUCAUGACUACUAAGUAGAUGGUAAUCUUAUUUAUAGAAAAAAAUUACUUAAUUAAUUAGUGCUGAUAUCUUUAUACAUGACAUAGUUUUUUAAUUUCAUUGUGUGCAUUAAAUGAUUGCAAAUUAAAA